GAUUGGAAUCCGGCGUCAAGGCUUUCCAUUCCAGCACGACUUCGCAUUUCCGCAUCCGUUUGGCGUCGCUGGUUUGCUCUCUCCUGUGCUUAGGCCGUAUCGCUUAGACCUAUUCACGCCUUCCCGUUACUAUGGCGUCCGUGCUGCUGCCGACGUCCGUGAAGCCUAAGAAGUAUGUGCUUCAUCUGGAGCCAAAUCUGGAAACCUUCAAGUUCAAGGGCAUCGUGACCGUCGAUCUAGACGUGGUCGAGCCGACGAACGAGAUUCGAUUCCACGCGCAGGAGCUGGAGUUGCACAAGGUGGAGCUGACAACGGGCGGCAAGCUCCUCACAGCGGGUGCGGAUGGCGUGCCGGCCGUUGAGCUGGACAAGGAGAGGCAGGAAGGAAGGUUCGUGUUGGCGGAGGGGCAGCAGCUGAGUGGCGGGCCUGCGAAGCUCAGGAUCGAGUACACCGGGAUUCACAACGACAACAUGGUCGGGUUCUACCGCGCAUCCUACAUGCGUGAUGGCCAGAAGCAGUGGAUGGUUACCACUCAGUUCGAGCCUGUAGGAGCGCGCCAAGCCCUGCCCUGCUGGGACGAGCCCGCAGCCAAAGCCACCUUCGAGGUGUCCCUGCGCGUGCCGGCCGGGUUGCAGGGCUUGUCCAAUAUGGACGAGGUUGGGCGGGAGAAGCAGGAGGACGGGUCGGAGGUGGUUCGGUUUGCUGAGAGCCCUGUUAUGAGCACGUAUCUGCUGGCGUUCGUGGUGGGGGAGGUGGAGUGGCGUCUCGGACAAGACCAGCAACGGUACUCUGGUGAACAUCUACACGACGCCUGGGAGGAAGGAGCAGGGAAGGUUCGCCUUGUCCGUGGCGUGCAAGGUGAUCACGUUCUUUGAGGACUACUUCGGAAUCAAGUACCCGCUGCCCAAGGCGGACCUCAUUGCCAUCCCUGACUUCGCCAUGGGCGCCAUGGAGAACUGGGGCCUCAUCACCUUCAGGGAGACGGCUCUGCUGGUGGACGAGGGCAGUGCGCCUGCUGCCACCAAGCAGCGGCGUGGCUUACGUCAUCUCCCACGAGCUCGCACACCAGUGGUUUGGUAACCUGGUAACCAUGCAGUGGUGGAACGACCUGUGGCUGAACGAGGGUUUCGCCACGUGGGUGGGGUGGCUGGGCGUCGACCACAUCUUCCCCGAGUGGGACGUGUGGACGCAGUUCGCCUGCAACGACAUGGACACGUGCCUGCACACCGAUGCACUCUUGGGCUCGCACCCUGUGGAAGUGCCCAUCAACGACCCCAAGGAGAUCGAGCAGUGGGACGUGUGGACGCAGUUCGCCUGCAACGACAUGGACACGUGCCUGCACACUGA